AUCAGGACACAUGAUGAUAUCCAGCCUUCAGGUUAUCACAGUUGUGACGAUCUGUCGUUGGUUGGCGACGUGUCUUUGAGCUCAAUAUUAGUCCAUAAUACGGACGAUGGCGAGCGACCAUCACGACAGCUCGGGCCAAGGUAGCAGCCGGGACCGAGGCCAGCGACGCGACCCCAUGACUUGUUAUGCAUGCGGGGAGGAAGGCCAUUACUCGACCCAGUGCAAGAACCCGCGACCGGGAUGGCGGGGUGCGCGGCCGUCUAGUUCGUAUGAUUCCAGGCAGGGACGUUCAAGCUCCCCACGUAGGAGCUAUCGCGAUGACCGGGAGGUGCAGUCUCAGAUGAGAGACAUCGGACGUAGUGUCGCAUUGAUGAGGGAAUACAUCGAAGCUGACCGGGCGGCCAAGGAAGCUAAAGCAAGACUGAAGGAGGAGAGAAAGGAAGCUGAGAGACGCGAACAGGAGCUACGAGAGGCCAAGGCAAGAAAGGCCAAGAAGAAGGCGAACAAAGCCAAACUGGAAGAGCAGCGAAUUGCGGCCAUGAAGAAGGAUAUGGAUAUACAAGUGAAGUUGACUGUGAAGGAAGCAAUGAAGGAUGUCCUCCUUGGUACGGAGAUUCCGGAUGCCUUAGUUGCUGCUAAGCUACUCGAAUCGAAAGGGAAGCAGAAGGUGACGUAUGCAAGCGACGACGAGUAUCUUUCCGACUUUGAACGUGUUAGUGGUGAAGCUGAGGAGAUCCCGGGGCGGACCGGGAAGCUGACGAUCCAAGAAAAGCGGAAGAGAGGACCGGACCCAGUCUUUGAAGACAGUCCGCUCAUGGAACUGCAAGCUAAGCGCACUCCGAAGCGGACGCCGAGACGUGGUACCCGCGGGACUGUGCACCUUACGCCGAGGAUGACCAGAUCCAAAACGAAGUCGAAGGUAAGACUGUCACCGAAUACCAAGGAGAAAAUCAAGGCUGCCGCUAAGCGGAAGAUUCCAGCAAGUUGUGGGAUCGUUGGGCGAUAUAAGUUCCGGGACGAGGUCAUCCAUCAGUUGAAAAUUCUGGAUGCUAUUACGCUACAGAAUAUUUGCAACGAGGAAGGGGUGUCGUAUAAUGGGAAGAUUGAUGCCAUUUUUGACCUCGUUGAUCAUUGGACUCACAUCGCAUACUGUACCGAAGAAAAGGAAGCAGAACAUGAGGAAGUGAAACCUGAAGAAGAGGAGGUGACCUCUGCGGACGAAGCGGACGAGGGUAACGAGAACGUGAACUGAUGUGGCUUUGGUAUUGCCGAGUAUUGGAGGCUUUGCGACGUUUUGAUUGAACUGCGCGGUAAGUUGUCGACAUAUGACUGUAGGAUUGAAGAACUCUUACGUUUGGUAGUGGUGAGACUGUCGAUUGUCGGAUGCGUCCGCUGGAAUUUGAAAUGCGUGGAAUCUAGGGUUAGACAUUACGAGAAGUAUGGGGUAGA